AUGCAGAGGAGAAAGUUUAACAAAGUACUAAUUGAGGAAACAGAAAUGACUCCAAUUAAAUAUUACGUAAGAGGCCAGAAAAUCCAGCAGUUUGGGCACAUUAUGCGAGGAAGUGACGAUAACAUAACCAAAGCAGUUCUGUUUUGGAAACCAACAGGUAAGAGACCACGAGGAUGUCUGAGGAAAAGAUGGAUGGAUAUGGCCAAAGAAGAUCUAAAAAGGAUAGUAGUAAAUGAUUGGAGAAAUAUAAUCCAUGAUCGGAAGAAGUGA